UAGAAGCAAUGGAGAAAAAGGAAACGAUGAGAAGGAUAGUGUUAGUCCCAGUUCCAGCACAAGGGCAUGUAACUCCAAUGAUGCAACUCGGAAGAGCUCUUAACUUGAAGGGCUUUUCAAUUACAGUUGUUCAAGUACAAUUUGAUCUAGUAAGCUCUUCUUCACAACAGUUCCCUGGUUUUCAAUUUGUCACAUUACCAAAAAGCUUGCCAAAGUAUGAAGUCGAGGGACUAGGACAAAUUGAGUUUAUGAUGAUGCUCAACAAAACGGGUGAGGCAAGCUUUAAGGACUGUAUAGGUCAGUUGUUGCUGCAACAUGGCAAUGAUAUUGACUGUAUCAUCUACGACGAGUUCAUGUACUUUUGUGGGUAUGUAGCUCAAGAGUGCAAGCUUCCCAGUGUUAUAUUCAGCACUCAAAGUGCUACAAAUCAUGUCUCACGCUGUGUUUUUAGCAAACUCGAUUUAGACAAGUUUUUGAUCGACAUGAAAGAUCAAGAAAAGCAAGAAAAGGUGGUGGAGAAUUUGUAUCCGUUAAGAUACAAAGACCUACUACCUUCAGGGUUUGGGCCAGUGGAGCCAGUUUUGAAGAUCCGUGGGGAAGUAGUCAACAAAAGAACAGCUUCGGCUGUUAUCUUCAAUACGACAAGUUGUCUAGAGAGCUUAUCCGUGUCAUGGCUGAAACAAGAACUUGGAAUUGAAGUGUACGCAUUAGGACCUCUUCACGUUACACCUUCACCACCUUCUAGUUUACGGGAAGAGGACAAGGGCUGCAUUGAAUGGUUAAACAAGCAGAAAUCGAGGUCAGUCAUAUACAUAAGCGUGGGAACCGUAGCUCAAAUGGAAACUAAGGAAGUUUUGGAGAUGGCUUGGGGGCUUUGUAAUAGCAACCAACCUUUUCUAUGGGUCAUUCGACCAGGCUCUAUCCUUGGCUCGCGCGGUGUAGAGGCAUUGCCAAACGAAGUCAGUAAAAUUAUCUCAGAGAGAGGAUACAUUGUUGAACGUGCACCGCAGAUAGAAGUUUUAAGACAUCCUGCAGUGGGAGGGUUUUGGAGCCACUGUGGAUGGAACUCAACACUCGAGAGCAUUGUGGAAGGAGUUCCAUUGAUUUGUAGGCCUUUUCAAAGCGAGCAGAAUGUAAACGCAGCAUACAUAGUAAGUGUUUGGGAAGCAGGUAUUCAGCUGGAAGGUGAAGUAGAAAGAGGAAAGGUAGAGAGAGCUGUGAAGAGGUUGAUUGUGGAUGAAGAAGGUGCAGGGAUGAGGGAGAGAGCACUUGUUUUAAAAGAAAAGCUCAAAGCCUCUCUGAGAAGUGGAGGUUCCUCAUACAAUGCUUUGGAUGAGUUCGUCAAUUACUUGAAGACAAAGUAGAGAUGAUGAACUUGAUCUAUUACUAAAGACCAGUGAUUAUAUUGAAUUAUAUAUUUGGAUCAACCUUGAUAUUGUAAAAUCCA